AUGUAUGAACAGGAGCUUCGGGACUAUCAUUCGGACUCCUCCAAUGCCACGGAAGAUGAAUACAACAAGAAAAAAGUUUAUGAGGUGGUGACAGUGACAGGAGAUGUCCGGGGAGCAGGAACCGACGCCAACGUCUUUGUCACUCUCUUUGGAGAGCACGGCAUCACUCCCAAGACUCAUCUCACCAGCAAGAGCAGCACGGCCUUUGAGAGGAGCAAAACAGAUGUGUUCCGAGUGAAAACCAAUAACGUCGGACAAAUAAAGAAAAUAAGGAUUGAGCAUGACAACACUGGACUGAAUGCAGGGUGGUUCCUUGACCGUGUCAUCGUGACCGACAUGAACAGACCUCACCUCCGCUUUUACUUCCCCUGCAACAACUGGCUGAGCAAGGAGGAUGGGGAUGGGCUGUAUGUCAGAGACCUCAUUGGCAGCCUGAAUCCCAUGGAUGUGCCCAAAAUCAACAAAUACGUGGUCCGGGUUUUUACUGGAGAAGUCAGCGGCAGUGGAACAGAUGCGGAUGUCUUCAUUAAUAUCUUCGGUGAGAAAGGAGACACAGGUGUGAGGAAACUGGACAAUGACAAAGACAACUUUGAAAAAGGAGCAGAAGACAAGUUCACGCUCGAUGCUCCGAAUCUGGGAAAAUUAAGAAAAAUUAAUAUUGGGCAUAAUAACAAGGGAGGCUCUGCUGGCUGGUUCCUUGCAAAGGUGAUCAUUGAGGACAUAGGCAAUAAAUGUGUGUACCAAUUCCCAGUCGGACGCUGGUUCGCUUUAGACGAAGAUGACGGGAAAAUACAGAGGGACAUUCUUGUUGGGGGCACUGAAGCCACAGGCAUUGUGUACAACGUGGCUGUAGUGACCGGAGAUAUCAGAGGAGCCGGCACCAACUCCAAGAUCCACGUAAUCCUCCACGGCUCCAAAGGCCUGAAGAACAGUGGGAAGAUUUUCUUGGAAGGAGGUGAAUUUGAGCGUGCCAGGACGGAUCUCUUCAACGUGGAGAUAGCUGCCCUCCUCAGCCCUCUCAGCAGAGUCACCAUUGGGCAUGAUAACUGUGGUGUCAGCUCUGGCUGGUUUUGUGAGAAGGUGGUGGUUUACUGCCCGUUCACUGGGAUUGAGCAAACCUUCCCAUGUGGGAAGUGGCUGGAUGAAGAUGAAGGGGAUGGCCUCAUCGAGCGGGAGCUCUAUGAAAUGGUCUCUCUGCGCCAGAAAAGGCUAAAAAAAAAUCCCUGGUCUCUGUGGAUUUGGACAAGUGACAUUAAAAAUGCAGGAACAGAUGCCACCAUCUUCUUCCAGAUUUAUGGAGACAAAGGGAAGUCAGAUGAGAUGAAGCUGGAUAACAAUUCAGACAACUUUGAAACUGGACAGACUGACAAAUUCAUGAUCGAGCUUCCUGAUCUCGGGAACUUUUAUAAGCUUCGGAUAUGGCAUGAGAAAAGAAAUCCCUUUGCUGGCUGGCAUCUGAAUAAGGUAACUCUGCUGAAAACGCUGACAAAAGAAAAAUACUCAUUCAACUGCGGCCGCUGGCUAGAUAUAAAUGAAGAGGACAAUGAGAUCGUGCGGGAGCUCCCCGCCGAGGGAUCUCUGGUGACUGAAGUCAUGCCAGUGAUCAAGUACCGCGUGACGGUGUGCACGGGCACGGUGAGCGGCAGCGGCACGGACGCCAACGUCUUCGUGUGCCUCAUCGGCGACCAGGGCGACACGGGCGAGCGCGUCCUCUACAACUGCAUCAACACCGUCAAUAAGUUUGAAAAAGGCAACGCUGAUGAAUUCUUCAUUGAAGCAGUAACGCUGAAGCAGGUGAGGAGGGUGAGGAUAGGGCACGAUGGCAAAGGAGGAAGCAGUGGCUGGUACCUUGCCAAAGUGAUAGUGAGGGAAGAAGGACAGCCAGAAAGUGAGGCUGUGGAAUUCCCCUGCUACAGAUGGCUUGACAAAAAUGAGGACGAUGGUCAGAUUGUCCGAGAAUUAGUGCCUGCUGGGGAGUCACCACUGCUAAAAAAUGUCAGUUAUCACAUCAGCGUGAAGACGGGAGAUAUCCCUGGUGCCAGCUCAGAUUCCAGGGUUUUCAUCAAACUCUAUGGUGAAAAAGCAGACUCCAGCAAAGAGCCUCUCUUAGUCUCUGAUAAUGAUCUAGGCAAUUAUUUUGAACGUGGUCGAGUGGAUGAGUUUACUCUAGAUAUGAUGGAUAUUGGAAAGAUCAACCGAAUUCUGAUUGGGCACGAUAACGUGGGUCUGCGGUCCGGCUGGUUCCUGGCCAGUGUCCAGAUCACAGUUCCAGUCCAGGGAAGGCAGUACAUGUUCCCCUGCAACCGAUGGCUGGACAAGGAUGAGGCUGAUGGCAGAGUGGAGGUGGAGGUCUACCCAAGUGAGAUUUUGCCUAUUGAGAAACUGAUAAACUAUGAGGUGUCUGUAGUUACUGGAGACGUGCGAGCCGCAGGCACCAACGCCAAAGUCUUCAUGCAGAUUUAUGGUGAGACUGGCAAAACGGAAUUGAUCAUCUUAGAAAACAGAUCCAACAACUUUGAAAGGGGAGCCACAGAUAUCUUCAAGAGAGAGGCUGCAGAUGUUGGCAGGAUUUAUAAGAUUCGGAUAGGCCACGACGGGACAGGCAUUGGGGAUGGCUGGUUCCUGGAAAGCGUCACGCUGAAGCGCCUGGCCACAAAAACAAAGGGGUCUGAUGAAAAGAAACAGAAGAAAAAGAAGUCUGAUGAGGAGGAAGAGGAGGAGACCAAGGAGGAGGAAGGAAUGGAUGUCUAUACAUUUGUGGCACACCGCUGGCUGGCUAAGGAUGAAGGGGAUAAGGAGCUCGUGGUAGAGCUGGUGCCUGAUGGAGAAUCUGACCUGGAGGAAAAUACAUAUGAAGUCCACGUCCUCACAGGCACUGUGUGGGGGGCUGGGACAGAUGCUAAUGUCUUCCUGAGCAUCUAUGGCAUGGAAAGAGGAGACACGGGUGAGCGCCAGCUGAAAAGGUCAAAUAACCUCAACAAGUUUGAGAAAGGACAGGUAGACGUGUUCACCAUCAAAGCCAUCGACCUGGGCGAGCUGAAGAAGCUGCGGAUCCGCCACGACAACUCUGGUGCCAGCCCCAGCUGGUUCCUGGAGAGGGUGGAGAUUAUUGACCUCAAAGAGAGCACCACGUAUUAUUUUCCAUGCCAGAGGUGGUUGGCAGUGGAGGAAGAUGACGGUCAGAUUGCCAGGGAGCUGGUCCCAGUGGAUGAAGCAUUUGUAAAGAAAGAUUCAGAAAAUGAGGGCCAGUCUCCUGCAACUUUGGGCCUGGAACAGAAAGCUAAAUCCACGACAUACACAGUGAAAGUGAAAACGGGGGACAAGAAGAAUGCUGGGACAGAUGCCAAUGUUUUCAUCAUACUCUAUGGAAGUAAAGACGAUACAGGGAUAGUCAGCCUAAAGGCCUCAAAGAUUAACAAGAACAAAUUUGAGCGUGGGAAGGUAGAUGAGUUUACAGUGGAGUCUGUGGACAUUGGAGACCUGAAAAAAAUCAAGAUAGGCCAUGACAAUAAAGUUGUUCCUUACGAAAUCACAGUGUACACCAGUGAUAUUUUUGGAGCUGGCACGGAUGCAGAUGUCUUCAUUGUUCUUUAUGGAAGUGAUGGGAUUUGCACUCAGCAAAAAUCCCUGUGCCUCAACAAGAGAGAGCAAAGGAUGUAUUUUGAGAGGAAUUCAGUGAAUCAGUUCAUCGUGGAGCUGGAGGAUGUUGGCGACAUCAUUGAAAAGAUUCGCAUAGGACACAAGGGUGGCGGGCUGAACUCAGGGUGGCACUUGGACCGUGUGACCAUCCGGAGGCUGCUGCCAAAUGGGAAGGGCUCGGAAACUGUCACAUUUCCAUGUGAAAGAUGGCUUGCAAAGUCUGAAGAUGAUGGUGAGACUGUCAGAGAACUGGUGCCAUCUGAUAUUUUCACUGAAAAGCUCAUGAAGGAUGGGACACUCAAGCAGAUAGAGGAAGAAGUUGAAGAGCCUUUAGAAGUUCACACGUACAAGAUCAGUGUGUUCACUGGGGAUAUCUACGGUGCUGGGACUGAUGCUAAUGUCUUCCUAAAUAUGUACGGAGACAUGGGGGACAUGGGAGAGAGAAAACUCAGCAAAUCCGAAACAAACUUCAACAAGUUUGAAAGAGGACAGGAGGACACUUUCACAAUACAGGCUGUGGACCUUGGCAUUUUGUACAAGAUCAAGAUUCGCCAUGACAAUAGCAUGUUCAGUCCUGACUGGUUUCUGGAAAAAGUGGAGGUCCUGGAUGAAACCACAGAGGAGUCGUUCGUUUUCCUGUGCGAGCGCUGGCUCUCUAAAAAGAAGGAGGACAAAAAGAUAGAGAGAACACUUUAUGAGCAGGGCUACGACGGCGAGCGGAACAGCCUGGAUGGCUCCUCUCUCAGCGUGUCCAGCCAGGACAGCCACACCAACCCGAAGGAGCCCAAAAAAUCCAGCCUGGUCAAGGCAGCAGAGGAAGGCUCAUUGAUCCCGUACCACAUCACCGUCACGACAGGCACCGAGUACGACUCCAGCACCGACAGCCGUGUCUUCAUCAUCAUCAUGGGCCCGCAGAAGGUGCAGACAGAGAGGCUGUGGCUGGAUCUCCCAGAAGGAAAGGAUGAAUUUGCAGAUGGCUCUGUGGAGAAAUUUUCAGUUUGGGGCCUAGACGUUGGGGAGAUCAAAAAAGUGGAGGUGGGGCACGAUGGCGCUACCCCUGAGAGCUGCUGGAUGAUGGAAGAGCUCACCAUCGUCGUGCCCACCAAAGGUGUCAUGUACAACUUUGUCUGCAAGUGCUGGCUGGCCAGAGACAAAGGGGACGGGCUCACUUCACGGAUCCUCAACAUCCUGGAUGCAGAAUGUGUUAACAUUGGCAUCAAGAUCCUCUACGAGGUCACGGUUGUGACCGGAGACAUCGAAGGUGGUGGCACCGACGCCAAUAUUUUCAUGACUGUCUUUGGAUCCAAUGGGAACACUGAGGAGAUGCUCCUGGAAAAAAACGGGGACAGGUUUGAGCGGGGCCAGGAGGACAGUUUCAUUAUGGAGAUUGCCGACAUCGCGCCCCUCAGGAAGAUGAGGAUCCGGACGGACGGGAAGGGGACGCGCCCGCACUGGUUCAUGGAAAGGAUCACCCUGAAGAACCUUUCUAACCAAGAAGUGGCCACAUUUACCUAUGGGGAUUGGCUGUCCAAGCUGAAAAAUGCCACGGGAAGCCUGGUGUGUGAGAUGCCAGCUGUCAUAAACGACGAGCAGAUGAUGGAGGACACCACAUACACUCUUCAGGUUAAAACCAGUGACAUUGGAGGAGCAGGCACCGACGCCAACGUGUCCUUGAUCCUCUUUGGGGAGUAUGGGGACAGUGGCACCCUGCCUCUGAAGGAGUCCAACAAGUCUAACAAGUUUGAGAGGAACCAGAUGGAUGAAUUCAGCUUCUCUGAAAUGCUGAGCCUGGGAGACCUCUGCAAAGUGCGGAUCUGGCAUGACAACAAAGGAAUUGCCCCAGGCUGGCACUUGGAAUAUAUUGAUGUGACGGACUCUGCCAUGGACAAGACGUUUCGGUUCCAGUGCGAUCGCUGGCUGGCUAAAGGUGAAGAUGAUGGGCAGCUCAUCAGGGAGCUGGCCUGUGCCAAUAAUGACAUCCUGGAACUGAAGGAACGGACUGCCUAUGAGAUUGUCACAGUAACCAGCGACAGAGAGGAUGCAGAUACAAAGGAAAACAUCUGGAUCAUCCUGGAAGGGAAGAUGGGCCGCUCAAAGGAAUUCCUCAUGGAAAACUCUUCCAAGAAAAGGAGAUUUGAAAGGGGAGCAACUGACACAUUCCAGUUUUCUUCAAAGAACGUUGGUGAUAUUGCAGCCAUCUGUGUUGGUCACUGCCCAAAAGAUGGGAAGAAGUCAUCUGCAAAAGCUGAUGUCUUCUGGCAUGUCCAGGAGAUUACUGUGACGGAGAUGGAGCUUUGCAACAAGUACUUCUUCAGGUGCAACGCGAAAAUCCCUCUGCGCUACAAGCGGCGAGACUACAAAGUCUUCGAGUGUGCCAAGGUCACCGAGAGCUUUGCCAGCAAAGCCCGGAGCCUGGUGCCAGUGAAAUACGAGACCAUCGUGGUCACAGGCUUCGAGAAGGGCGCGGGCACCGACGCCAACGUGUUCAUCACCAUCUACGGCCUGAACGGCGACUCGGGGCGGCGCGCGCUGCGGCAGAAGUUCAGGAACCUCUUCGAGCGAGGCAAAACCAACAGGUUUUACCUGGAAACGCUGGACAUGGGGGAGCUGAAGAAGGUGCGGAUUGAGCACGACAACAGCGGGCUGGCUCCGGGCUGGCUGGUGGAGCGGGUGGAGAUCACCAACUCGGCCACUGGUGUCACCACCAUAUUUCCCUGCGGGAAGUGGCUGGAUGAAAACCGGGGGGAUGGGUUAAUCUGUAGGGAUCUUUUUCCUAGGUACUGAGGAGGGUUUUGGUCCCUUCAAUAUGCAUUUUUUUUUCUCAUUAUACUGUUUUAUAUUGCCUUUUACUUUUUAAUACACUGCUUUUUGUAUUGAGAGAUUUUUAGUAGCAAGACGUUCUU